CGUCAGGAUACAUAAAAUACAGAAUACAAUACACGUAUUUGGUCACGGUGUUAUUUGCAAUGAUAGCACACAUAUGCUUAUGAUUUUAAACUUUUUUCGCUAUCAUUAUUAAUGUUGUCGGCCAAUAGGUAUACGUUACGCGACAAGUUUUCUAUCCGGUUCUUUAUUUCUGCAUUGUUUACAUCUCUACAUUUGGGAUUGGGACAUUAGUGUCCAGUCAGAUCCUGGUCAGAUUGUGGAAGGGGCGCGUCGACAACCUGUCAGAGUAUGUCGUUUGCAAGUUAAAGUGAAUGCGACGAUCUAUUUAUACAGUCUAUGAUUAAUUUUAACUGCUGCUCUACUUCUUUUAGACGCCUAUUGUCGAAUGCUGAUCUGCAUUAAUCAGCAUCUAUAAAGAUGGCGGCGUAAUGCAGCACUUACUAAUAGUGUAUUACAAUAUUAUGUUGAUACAAAAAUGAAGGUGUAAUAAUUUAAUUUAGAAUGACUACAGUUAAUUUAAAUAUUUUGCUACUUUUUCUUGUUUUUUCAAUGAACGCAGUUCUUAGUUAUAAGUCCAUGCACGUGGAAAGUGGAGAAUUAUGUUCACCUAUUACAAAACGAAAAAUUAAACUUGGUAAACAUGAGGAUUCUGCUUUGCUUGUAUCACAAAAAAGAUUGGAUGAUCACUCUUUAAAAUGGAAAGUUGAUUUUAAAUGUACAUUUGAAAUAGAUGUGUCAUCCCAUAGUGAUGGUGUUUUUGCUGUGAUACAGAAACUUAUUUUACGAAAGAAUGAAACUACCAAUGAAUGUAUAGAUUACAUUCAGUUUAAAAGAGAUGAUGGUUCUAAUAUUUCAAGACAUUGUGGAUAUUUAAAUGCAGAAUUAAGUAUGGGCAAACAUUUUGCUCCAUAUCCAUUUUCAAGUGACCUUGCACCAACAGGAAAUUCCUAUAUUGAUCCGAAGGGAAAGUUAAUUGCUACAAUUUUUGUUUCAAGGGAGCCCUUGUUGGAGGGAGAAGAAACAGAUUUUUUGCUUGUUUUUACUUCUUAUAAAAGUUGCAUGUGGAAUAAACAAGAUUACCUUCCUUGUCUUCCUCAUCAAACAGAUAAAUGCAUUUAUGUUGGAUUUUUCCAUGAUGGUUACGUGAAUUGUCCGUAUCCUGGAUGCGUAGAUGAAAAUGAAUGUUCUCCUGAGAAUCGCUCAGUGCUUAUAAGCGGGCCAGUUCCUACUUCUGUGGGAUCACAGUCGGGACCAUAUGCUACUUCAACUGCUCUUUCUACUGAAGAAAAUAAGGAUUUGCCUCCGUCAUAUGAAAGCUUAUUUCCAGAUAGAUAAAGGAGAAAAAGUAAUUCCGCCUACCUAGAGCUUAGCAGAAUUUGUCAAAAUGCAUAAUUUAAUUCUUAACAGGCAACCGCGGGUAUAUAAAAAUGGGCAUUUGAAGUGAUAUCAAGUUUUUGUAAUACCCUAAAAGUUGGAAUAGUAGGGAUUAUUUAAAUAUUGAUUAAAGGUGUUAUAUUCAUUAAAAAAAUGUUUUUUGUGAGAUAGUUUGAACUCCUUAGAUCGCAUACUUUAUCCUUUAAUGUUUACUCCAGACAUUUGCUAAAUUCACAAUUAUUAGUAAGGUUGUGUAUUUUAGCAUAUCAUGAUAUUACAUUUUGUUGUCGUUUGUAGCCUAUCGCAAAAUUGGAUCUCUGUCUCUGUAGAUUAAUGCAUAUACCUCUUUAACUAUUAAACUUAACAGAGCAGAGACUCUUUUGCUUUCUGUUUCAAUGUUCUCAAUAUGCUGCUAAAAUCUUGUAUUGGAUCGAUUAAAGCCAUACCUCUUCAUAUUUUACAAAACGUUUCAUGGUCUUUUUCCGCAUUCCCUGCCUUUUUUAUUUCUCUUUUAAGAUUAGCUGUUUAAAACUUGCGACCAAAGUUAAGUUUGAAAUAAAUAAUAUAAAGUUAGAUGAGUUUAUUACGAUCAUGAAAUAUUAACAAAUUUAUGUUUUAUUUUAUUCAUUUUGAUCAUUGAAUGGCAUUAAACAACGCAUCAGACCUGUGAAUGUUAGUGAAAUGAGUUCAGAAGCCGAAUGAAACAAAAUUUUUAUUAUUCAACAAUUCCUUCCAACGAUGGCCAGUCCAAUGCAAUGUUGCAAAUACAAGUAUACAAGUAAAAGGCGUAUUAAAUACAGGUAAAUGUAUACAUAUAUCAACUAUAGUUUACUUAUAUUAAAAUUGUAAUUUAAACAACAACUUUCAGCAAUGUGGUAUAAUAACGUGAUGGCUUUUGUUACUCAUACACACACACAAUAUCAGUUUUACAUGAAGAACAUUAAAUAGCUACAUGCUAAACGCUGAACAGUAUUUAAAUUGCAUAAAAAUACAUUGAUUUACUAUACUUCAAUAUAUAUACAAUUGCAAUUGAAUUCAAACUACCUAAAAAACAGGUUUUUAUGAAUUUUUCAUCUUUAAUCAUUAGUUAAACAAUCCCUACUAUCUUAUUUAUUAUAGUAUUUCGAA